CGGAACAGGCUUCUUUAAAGAGGUGAGCAUCCCCUCGGUUUGCCUUUACCCUGCUCUUCCAACUAAUGCAUCUGGGAAAGGGCCCGUUUCUCUGGCCGCCAGCGUCAAUUCUUUGUAGUCCCUGAGCGGUUCGACGUAAAUAGCGCUAGUGAUCUAGUUGUCACCUCGGUCAUUGCGUGGAGUUUCUAUCCCAAGUUGCUCUCCCGCGAAGGCAAAGGCUGGCGCAAUGUCUCCAACAACCAGGCCGUGAGCCUCCAUCCAACAUCCGUCAACAAGCAAGCAGAUGCUAGUAUCAAGUGGCUAUCGUUUUACCACAUCAUGCAGGCGCGCAACAAGUUCUACAACGCCCAUGAGACAAGCGCUGUGGACGACUUUGCCGUUGCUUUGCUGUGUGGAGAAGCGGAGUUCAAGUUAUAUGCCGGAAUAAUAUCCAUCGACAACAACCGUAUCCGAUUUUCCGUCAAGGACUGGAAAUCCAUUCUAGCUCUCAAAAUCCUCGGCAGUAAAGUGCGGGAGAUCCUGUCUGGAACAUUCAAGAACCCCCAGAAACCGCUCUCCCAUCGCCAGCAAGAAUGGAUGAAUAUCUUACAGCAGAUGUUCACCGAUGCAUACACUUCGCAGAUAAACAGGAAGGGUCCUUGAGAGCAGGCAUUUGGGUAGGCAAGAUUUACGGAACGGGGGUACUUUUCUUUGGACGGUUGACGAUAUCCAAACUGGGUUACGGAUGAUUGGGACUUGGGUAUGGUAUUGCAGCAGGGCUGACAAGAAUGGGAAGUUUUUCGCUCUUUGCUUUAGCCAUGAAGAGCUUUAAAAAAAAAAAUAGAACCUCGCUUCCCUUUUUUUCGGAAUAUAUCAGGCUACAUCAAGCGGUCAUUGAACUGUACAUAUCUCGCUUGCUAUCGAGAAUUGGGCUUCUAUUUCGCACCGCGCCUAUCUUCGUGGAUGGAACAUAGAGGGAGAAAAAAAAAAGAAUCCAAAUGCUUGAUAAUACCUGGAAUUGGAUCUAUCUUUGAAAAAAGCGAUUAUAUGACCGUAAUGGAACCUAGUAUGAUUCGGCCUGUUUACGUAUAUAUAUCACUGGGAAACGAUGACUC